AUGACAAAUCUAUAUGAUACAUCAUUGGCUGGUCUAAAUGAAACACGUUGGGAGGUUAACAGCCUACAAAGAAAACAUGCAUGGUAUCAUGUGAAUACUUUUCAAAUACAAGAUUUAAAAGAAGAAAUAAAUAGAAUUCAAACACGAUAUGAUUCAAAAAUUCAACAUAUCUUGGAUCGAAUUACAGAACAAAAGAAACAUGCAAAAGAAAUCCUUGUCAAUGCACUAAAACAGCUUGAAUCUGUCGUAGAUACUGAAGACAUCAGAAGAAAUCUCCGUGAAUUAAUCGAUGUCCUUGACACUCUAGUUGAAACUCGACCCCAGGAUGUUUUAUUGAUAUCGAUUUUUUCUGCCUUUGGCUUGGCCGGUCUUAUCGCAGCCAUUUUGGCUCUUUUUGUUGGUGCAUCUGCAUUCGGUAUUAUUACGUUAGGGCUGGGUUCUCUUGUUAGUGGCACAGCAAGUGAAGUUAUGUUUCGAAAUAAAUUAAGCAACUUAGAUGAAAAAUUGGCAAGUUGUAUAGCAGAUGUUGAAGACCAGAAAUAUUUACGAAUACAAAAGCUUAACGAAUAUUUUGUCAAUUUAGAACAUAAGUUAAGUAAUAAUACUUAUGAUCAAAACUCAAAGAUUAAUAUUGUAUGGUACGAUAAAAACAUUCUAAGUGACGUCAAUCAAGACCGUAUUGAAAUAUUAAAGAAGAAUUUUCCAGCAGAACAAUACCAAAUUCAGCAAUUCAAUGAUAAGAAUCAAUGUAUCAGUUCAGUUCGGUCCGGUAUUAGGAACAAUAUUAUCUUAAUCACAUCUGGAUCAGAUGGCGAAGAAGUUAUAUCUGAAAUUGGACAUUAUUUUCAUAUCAAAGGUAUAAUCCUCUUUUGUAUGGCAGCUGAAUAUCAUCGAACCUGGGCGAAGGAGAAAAAAAAAGUAUUGCGUGUGACAAAUUCGUUUCAGCAAGUUAUUGAGAAAAUUCAAGAUAUCGAAAAUGGAGAAAUUUAUUUCGUCAAUUAUGGUUUUUCAUUUGAAGAUAUACGAAUCAAAUUAAAACAGCAAACAGUCGAGUAUUAUCUAUCAACAAAACAAAAUGGUUUUAUUAUUUCGGACUUUUCAGCUAUAAAUUUAAAUGUCGAUUAUCAUAAGGAGGUCAUGAUGAAAUUGCAUAAUACAUUGAAAACAAAACACAUUUAUCCAAAGGGCAUUCCUAGUCAUUUUCAAUAUGAUAAUUUAUUAAAAUUUGCUCAACAUUUUGUUGAAGCAUUGGAAAAACCUAAUCCAGAAAAACACAUUAUCCGACUUUAUACAGCUGAAAAACCUGGCUAUUAUACAAUAAUCAAUGAUAUUCUUAAUUUAUUAGAUGAAGAAUUAAUUUUAAUCAUUCAAGAUUAUAUCAAAGCAUUAAGAUAUUCUCUGAUGAUCUAUUCAGAUACAUCAAACAAGGUACCUAACAAAAAGAAUAUCAAAUUAUAUAGAGGCAUAUCUUUGACACAAGACAAUAAGUUUCAAGAAUUUUCGAGAAAAUUUAAGAUCAAUGAUCAUAUUAUUUUUCCAGCUUUUACAUCGACCAGUAUGAAUAAAAAACAAACAAUGUAUUUUAUUAAAGAAAAAGGUGUACUAUUGGAGAUUUCUGCAGAUUGCACACAACUGAAUAAACCAAAAAGUAUUUCCGCAGUUUCACAAUUUUCUAGUGAAGAUGAAGUAUUAUUGAACUGUUUCAGUAUAUUAACAGUUAACAAAAUUACACAAAUCAACGAUGAUUUAUUAUGCUAUGAGUGCACUUUGGAACUACAUUAA